GCUUCUAAAUCAGACCACCACGCUCACUCUUCGCACGGAAGCGAGACGCAGAGAGAAAUCUCGAAGUGGGGAAGGGAAUCGAUCGGUCGCGUCACUCCGCUCCGAUUAGGGUUACUGCCUCGAUCGCCCACCAAAACGCUCUCUUUCCAUGGCGACCUCACCCGAAGAUCCGCAGAAUCCACCGACAAGCGCGGCGAAGCCGGGCCUGAGGAAGCCCGUGUUCACCAAGGUGGACCAGCUCAAGCCCGGCACCAACGGCCACACUCUGACCGUCAAGGUGCUCGAAUCUAACCCGGUUUCCUCGCAGCUCCGCCACGCUCGGAUCGCCGAGUGCCUCGUCGGGGACGAGACCGGCACCAUCGUCUUCACCGCCCGGAACGAUCAAGUUGAUAUGUUGAAGGCUGGUGCUACUGUGAUUUUGCGCAAUGCAAAGAUCGAUAUGUUUAAGGGUUCAAUGAGGCUAGCAGUUGAUAAAUGGGGCCGUGUCGAAGUCACAGAACCUGCCGAUUUCACUGUAAAGGAGGACAACAAUCUCUCCAUGAUUGAAUAUGAGCUGGUAAACGUCGCGGACGAGUAGUUGAUAUCUGUUUGCAGCGUCAUCAUUUCGAGCUAAUGUUAACUUAAGAAUUUCUUAGGCUGUUAUAAUCGGUUUCUUAUUAUAGUUUCCUGAUAUAUGCCGGUACUAUUGGUGUACUUUAUGUUUGAGAUUCUACUUUGUCAAGCAUUGAGUGGGGAGAUUUCUACUUUCUAGGGUCUAGGCCAGGGAUAUGGUGGAUAAGCAAAUGACUUCUUCAGGUCCUGACAUGGAUUUUACUAGCGAAUCGUUCCUUCUGUUCUUUA